AUUUGCUAGUAUUCCAGAAAGAGGAAAGCCAGAGAAUGCGUAAAAUUCAUUUGUUAGACUAGACUAGACCCACAAAUUUUGAGAUCGAGGAUAGAAGAGAAAUGGCGAAAUUCUCGCUUGGUGGGGACGACGAUGGGGGGGGACCCAGUAACCCGACCCCAAAGCGACGUAGGAUUGCUGUUAGCUGCGGCAUCGUCGGAGAAGACGAACGACAAGAGAUCGGAAACCCAAGUGGAACAGAAGACGAAAGAGAUGAUAUAGUGCAGGAACUAGAAGUGCUACAAGGAGAAGAAGAUCUACGUAAUGAUGAUUCUGGCAAUUGCUUUGGAGCCAGAUCAAGCAAUUGCGGUGAAGACAACAAUGUUUUCGCGCCUGAAAAUAGGGAUAGGUCCAUUUCUGUCACCCUUAGCGACCCUGACGUGUUUGAUUGCUGCAUCUGUUAUGAACCCUUGAGUAUCCCUAUCUUCCAGUGCGAGAAUGGGCAUAUUGCUUGCUCUUCCUGCUGUGUUAAACUUGGGAACAAGUGUCCCACGUGCUCUAUGCCUAUUGGCUACAACCGUUGCCGAGCCAUUGAGAAGGUGCUGGAAUCUGUUAAGAUAUCCUGCCUAAAUGCACAAUAUGGUUGUAAAGAAACAAUAAUUUACAGUAAGAAAAUUGACCAUGAAAAGCAAUGCAUUUAUGCACCACGCACAUGUCCACAUUCAGGUUGUAACUUUGUUGCCCCGUCGAAGGAGUUGUCACUCCACUUUCGCCGUAAACAUGGGGACUCUGCGAGAAAUUUUACCUAUAAUUGCUUCUUCUCUAUCUUCCUGAGGGUUAACGAUGAAGUUAUUGUUCUUCAAGAACAGAAUGGUGCCGAUCUAUUCAUGCUCAAGAAUAAAGUGGGUGAUCUGGGGAAUAUAGUCAACGUUAGUUGCGUUUGUCCCAAUUCAUUCCAAAAGGCAUGUCAUUAUGAUAUUUUGGCUAGAUCCCAGGGAUGCUGUCUGAAAAUACAUUGUUUAGCGGAGAACAAUCCUGGUCGCAAAGCUAAUAAUACUGCUCCAACAGGGUUUCUUUUGGUCCCAUCUUGGUUUUUUGAUUCUUCUGGACAGCUCAAAUUGGACAUUCGCAUUAAUUAAGUGAUUACUCGUGCAGAUGUCCAAAGAUCGUAGUGUUGUAUAUUUGUAGACUAAAGGGAAGUGUCAUCUCUUGAUCUGUUCCCGUUGUAAAAAGUAAGGGGAUUAUAACAAGCAGAUCAAAGAACUUAUUCCUUUUGGCCAUAUCUGACCUUGUUAGAAUUUCUGGCAUGAAUGCAAUUGCAGUGUUGGUAUGA